AUGCCAAAUAAAGUUCCAGCUUUAAUAACCCUUGGGGAAGGUAGAGAUGAUCUCUAAAAAUUUGAUGAUAGAAUGCAGUUAGGAAAUGAGGAGUUCAGAAUUUCAGGUGUGAAAAUUAGUUUAGAUGAUAAAAAUAUAUGUGGAAUCGCUUUUAUUUACUAAAAUUUAAAAAAUGGAAAUAAAAUAUUAUGCAAUGACACUUGCAUAACAGGGAAACAUAUUACUCAAUAUGAUUUUGAAAUAGAUUAAAAUGAUUUCAUUUAAGCCCUUUUUGGAUACUAUGAAUCUGGGAUUACUUAGAUAGGGAUUGUAACUUAUAAAGGAUAACAAGCAAUCUUUGGAAAAGAUUAAGGUUACAAGUUUCAGCAUAUGUUUAUGGGAUAUACCUUUACAGGUUGUUCUGGUACAUAUAAAAAAGGAUUGCUAUAAUCUUUAACAUUUAAAGUAGUUAAGUUGCCAAAGGAGUUUCUUGCUUAGCAUUUCACUCCUUUACUUUAAAUCCUUUACCCAGAAAACCCAUAUGAGAGUAUCAUUCUUACUAAGUUUGAACUGGAAUAAGAAGAUCAAUACGAAUAACAACCUCAAUCUGUAAUGUAACCUACAUCUGAAAUUAUUUACUAAAUGAUACCAAGUCAGUUACAAUAAGCAUAAUCUGGCUAUCCAGUUUAGAAUCAACAAGUUUUUCAAAAUUAGAUACCACCUUAUGGAAAUCUUUAAUAACAACAGAACCAAUAUUAGACAUACUAGUAAUAUCCUGAUAGCUCAUAAUAAUACUGCACAACUUAAUACGGAACCAAUCAAACUAUUAUAGUAAACUAGUAGUAAUAGCCAUAACAACAAUAAUAUAAUUAACAAUAAGGACCUGGAUUUGCUGGUACAAUGGCUAAAACUGCUAUUGGAACUUUUGCAGCUAUAGAAACGGUUAGAAUGAUCGAAAACAUAGGUCAUCAUCCUCAUCAUUAGGCAAAUGUAGUUCUUGUUGGUAACAAUCAUCAUGGACACCAUCAUCAUCGAUGA